AUGGGGGCUGGCGGGCUGGAGCUUUUCAGCCCGUCCAGCUCUCCGGGGAACCCCCCCAAAAAGGAGACCAGGAGGCUCCAAGUCACGUUGGAGGACUUCCUCCCCAAGGGUGGGAAGGCACGUCCCACUGGCUCGAGGCCGGGCCCGGCCUGCAGCAAGGGUGUUAAACCCGAUAGCUGUGGGUCGGACGAAACCCGCCUCGACCCGAGCAGCACUCCCGGGCCAUCUGGCCUGGGAAGUAAGGAAAGACCCUCCCUGCCACCCUCCCCGAUCUCUGCCGGGGUGCCCAUCCAUAUGGAUGUGGACUCGGACGCAGAGUCGGUGGGACGGGGAAGAAAGAGGGCGCAUAGUAAGAGGUCAACACCUGCUUACUACAUAUCGUCCUCUUCGGAGUCGGACGAGGGACCGAAAAAGAAGGGACGAGGAAGGCCAGCCAAGGAUCCCUCCCACGCUGGCCAAUUCACAGCGGAGGCCCUCGCUAAGAAGGCUGAAGCCAACAUGGCGAGGAGGAUUAAAAAGGACCACAGGGAUAUCGUUAACCCCGACGUCCAACCCUCCUCAGCCAGAGCGGUCAAAGCGCAGGAGAUGGCUCUUGAACGAGCCGAAGAGUUGGAACAACAACCGAUUGCGGCCGUUGCGGCCGUAAUGACGCAGAGCCUCGGGAUGCUGGCUAAAUCCGUCGAGAGGUCCACGAACAUCCAGGGUCCUAUUAGAAAGGACCUCUGGAAUGCAUACGCGGACCUCACGGCGGGACUGACCGCCAUCCUAACAAGGCAAGAGGAGAGCCCCGCUGAACAAGCGCAUAGGGAGGAGAGAGCGGCCCUGGCCAAGGCUAAGGCCAAAUGGGUGGUAGAAAAGAGGAGGCUGGAAGCCGAGUUGGGGCAAAUGCGGGUCCGCAUUGCCCUACUCGAGCAAGCCUCCUCGAUGCAAGCUACCAGGGAGUGCGGUACCGAUGUCGAGGUCCAGACAGACCUGGACCUCGAUGACACGGUACUAGGCGCCCUGACUGGAGGAACUCAACAGGGACCGUCAGUAGAGACGGACAGGGAGGAGCCCCCCGUUGAGGAGCCCUCUGCCCACGUGGAGACCACCCGACACAGAAAGUUGCCGGUAGUGGUCUCCACGGAGAUAUUAAAGGAGCCGUACUUCCGUCCGCCGCUAAAGGGGGUCAGCAAGCAGCUGAACCCCCUGUCUAAAGUGGCGGACCGGAUAGCGGCUCCCGUUUCCCGCUCCUCCUUCCCUGCCCUCCCCCCUCCCUCCAGUUCUCUGGAGACAUCGGGAUGGGCCAGGGUCGGGGAGAGCGGGAAGAAAGAAAGGAAGAGGGCGAAAGCCCUGACCGAGGACGGCCUAAAGGAGGCUCUCUCUAGAGUCCUCCCGGCCGUCCUCGCUGAGAUGGGACUUCUCCCCGCCCCCAGGGGGGCGGAAAGGCCCAAGGCACCCCCGACUGCGGGCAAGAUCGCCAGGCAGUCCGGGGUAGCCCCCCAGAAAGGAGCGGACAACGCGGUCGCAGUGGCCGCUAGGCCCGCUCCGACGACGCAGAAGGAGGCCACCCCGUCCAUACUAGAGCUAUGGACGGAGGUGGUCUCCAAAAAGACCAGGAAAAAGGCCGCCAAAGCCGCCGAAAGGGCGACAAAGACGGCCCCACCCCCGGCGGCGAGGCCGACUAGGGUCCUCCCGAUCCCGCCCCCGAAACCCACCCCCCAACAACCUUCUACUUCUUCGAAGAAGAAGAAGAAGAGGGGUGGACGUGGAGGGGGCCAGGGGGGACCAGGGGGGCAAACCCCAGGAGGAGCCGGCUCCCACGGGUCCGGCCAAGGGCAGCCAAGAUCAGGCCGCCGACAACGGCGGCCGUGA